AUGCAUCAAGUCGCGUACAGAACGCUGUGUUCAAACAACGGCUCAGAGAUCGACCCUUGCUUGACGAAUCCAUGCGAUGCUAAUGCUAUUUGUCUCCGUAAUUCAACUUACAACACAUGCAUCUGUAAACCUGGUUAUACCGGUCCAGGAACCAAUUGUACAAAGAUCGACCCUUGUUCAUCUAAUCCAUGCGAUGUUAAUGCCAUUUGUGUCCGUGAUUCUGACCACUACAUCUGCAUCUGUAAACCUGGUUAUACUGGUCCAGGAACCAACUGUACAAAGAUCAACUAUUGCUCGUCCAAUCCUUGCGAUGUCAACGCUGUUUGUGUCAGCCAUUCAAUCCACUACACUUGCACAUGUAAACCUGGUUAUACUGGUCCAGGAAUGAAUUGUUUAAAGAUCGAUCCUUGUUUGUCUAAUCCAUGUGGCAACAAUAGCAUUUGUGUCAGUACUCCUGACGGCAGUUACUACACCUGCACUUGCGAACCUGGUUUUGUUGGUCCAGGAACCAAUUGUACAAAGAUCGAUCCUUGUUCAUCUAAUCCAUGCGACGUUAAUGCAAUUUGUGUCAGUGAUUCUGACCACCACAUCUGCAUCUGUAAACCUGGUUAUACUGGUCCAGGAACCAACUGUACAAAGAUCAACUAUUGCUCGUCCAAUCCUUGCGACGUCAACGCUGUUUGUUUCAGUAACACUUACAACUACACAUGCACCUGUAAACCUGGUUAUACUGGUCCAGGAACAAAUUGUACAAAGAUCAACUAUUGCUCGUCCAAUCCUUGCGAUGUCAAUGCUGUUUGUGUCAGCCAUUCAAUCCACUACACUUGCACAUGUAAACCUGGUUAUACUGGCCCAGGAACCAAUUGUACAAAGAUCAACCCUUGCUCGUCCAAUCCUUGCGAUGUCAACGCUCUUUGUGUCAGUAACACUUACAACUACACAUGCACCUGUAAACCUGGUUAUACUGGUCCAGGAACCAAUUGUACAAUCAUUGCUCCAAGUUGUGCCUAUCUCUAUAAUACGUCAGGAGUGAGAAAAGAUGGUGUUUAUACCAUCAAUCCUGAUGGUUUGGGAUCGUUUAAAGUCAGAUGUGAUAUGAGCACAGACGGGGGAGGCUGGACCGUGUUUCAAAGAAGACAAGAUGGAAGUCAAGAUUUCUAUCUUGGAUGGUCAGACUAUAAAGCUGGCUUUGGUGAUCUUAACGGCGAGUUCUGGUUGGGCCUUGAUAAAAUACAUCGUUUAACCAAAUCUGGUCAAAAUGUUUUGAGAAUUGAUUUGACAGAUUUUAACAACGCCGAACUUUACGCCAAAUAUGAUAAUUUUAAUGUUGCUAAUGAAAGUACGGAUUACAGAUUAAACAUUGGAAAUUUCUCAGGUGACACAAGUGACUCACUUCGCGCUCACAACAGCAUGAAGUUCACCACCAAGGGUCACGACAAUGAUCAUAACACGGCUUUUAACUGUGGUGUACUUUACCGGGGUGGUUGGUGGUACAACCACUGUCUCAAAUCCAACCUGAAUGGGGUCUACUACCAUGACCCAGUGCUUCGCUACACCGGUAUCGUAUGGAACGACAAGAUUCAUAAGAAAGCAGAUAUGAAAAUGCGUUCAUUCUACUGACAAUCUGUAAAACAUCUAUCUAAGGCACAGUAGUACUCUCAGGCCUCGCCGCUAGUGAUUAAAAACUGCAUAGCAGCAGUAUAUAGAUAUUUCAUUUUUUAUAGCUGAUAUAGUCUUUACAGCAAUAGUGCAAAGUUUACAUGCGGAUAUAUUAGUUACUGCUGCUCCAAGACCAGCCACGUACCCAGGCGCUUUAGUGGAAAAAUAAUCGAGCGCACGGGGGUGCUUGGGGCGCUCUCCCUUUUCUUCAGCUGACCUCUAUACAACAGCUGAAUGCAACGUUAUAUAUUUUACUACUGAAGUACCUUGGUGCGAGGCUGAUGCCGCCCAUCCUCGUUCACACGCAACCUCGCAAGCCAGGCUCUUUCACCUGCUCACACUCAGAACGCGAAAAACCUUGGAACGUGGAUGACGGUGCGCUACGUCACAACGUGGGAGUUACAACAGGUUGUGACAGAGAGUUAUUGUGUCUUAUCUUUUCCUCGUUACUGAGAGGUCGACGAAGGUCGACGACAUCAAACCAAUUUUAUUUACUUCCCCCUUUUUAUCGGUUACGUAAGAUAAAGACAACACUUCCUCAUGGCUGGGUAACCACAAGUAGAGUAUUGUUGAGCGAUCUCGUAAGAGAUGCUGAACUUCCGAUAAAACGUUUCCGGGAGACCAGGUGUAGCCCUUUAUGGGGCAAUAUUUUGCCCUUUUAAGCCAAUGAAGCUAUGAACAAUAACCAGUAGCGGCGGAAUACGUUUCAUAUUGGGGAGGGGAGGCUAAUAUUCGAAAUUGCACGAGGAAAUUACUCCUGUCAAUAUUUUGAACAUGUGUUAAGUUCAUAUAUUAAAUUGAGUAAUUACAAUUCGUAAUUGUCGUG